AAAUAAAGUGUCGGUCUACCGCGCCAUUCACGCGGGUUUACAAUCGUGCUCAAUACUGGAGCCAGUGAAAAAUAUACAAAAAGCGUCUUCUCGAUUGAUUCGCGGUGCGCCUACAAGCAGGAGGAAUUUUUAUAUUAUCAAUUGCGUUUAACUUUCCAAAUAGUAAAUUGUGCAAUUUCAAGUGAUCCUUCACUUGUUGUUUGGUUGCUACGGUAACAGUACUUGGAACAGUUGCUGCAUAAAACAAGGGUGCUGCUACCAGGCUUUUGCGAACAACCGUAGUCACCAAGUAACAAUCGACGAUGGCGGAUCUGGAAAAGAUUGAAAUCCGGGAUGUGACCCGCAUCGAACGUAUCGGCGCACACUCGCACAUCCGCGGCCUUGGGCUGGACGAUGUGCUCGAGGCACGCACCGUUUCCCAGGGUAUGGUUGGCCAGAAGGAAGCACGCCGGGCCGCUGGCAUCGUGGUGCAGAUGGUGCGGGAAGGUAAAAUCGCUGGCCGAUGUAUUUUGCUCGCCGGUGAACCGAGCACGGGCAAAACGGCCAUCGCUGUCGGUAUGGCGCAGGCACUUGGCAACGAAACGCCCUUCACCAGUAUGUCCGGUUCGGAGAUCUACUCGCUGGAGAUGAACAAAACCGAGGCACUGUCACAGGCGCUGCGCAAAAGCAUCGGGCUGAGGAUUAAGGAGGAAACGGAAAUCAUCGAGGGUGAGGUGGUGGAAAUUCAGAUCGACCGGCCAGCAACGGGCACCGGCCAGAAGGUGGGCAAAGUGACGAUGAAAACGACCGACAUGGAAACGAACUACGAUCUGGGCAACAAGAUUAUCGAGUGUUUCAUCAAGGAGAAGAUCCAGGCGGGCGACAUCAUCACCAUCGACAAAGCGUCCGGCAAGGUGUCGAAGCUGGGACGAAGUUUCACUCGUGCCCGGGACUAUGACGCUACCGGAACGCAGACUCGCUUCGUCCAGUGUCCGGAGGGAGAGCUGCAGAAGCGCAAGGAGGUGGUCCAUACGGUGUCGUUGCACGAGAUCGAUGUCAUUAACAGCAGAACGCACGGCUUUCUGGCACUGUUUUCCGGCGAUACGGGAGAAAUCAAGCAGGAGGUACGGGACCAGAUUAACAGCAAGGUGAUCGAAUGGCGUGAGGAGGGUAAGGCAGAAAUUAACCCCGGCGUACUGUUCAUCGACGAGUGUCACAUGCUGGACAUUGAAUGUUUCUCCUUCCUGAACCGAGCGCUGGAAAGCGAUAUGGCUCCGGUCGUGGUAAUGGCUACGAAUCGAGGCAUUACCAAAAUUCGUGGCACACACUAUCGUAGCCCGCACGGUAUUCCGAUCGAUCUGCUCGAUCGUAUGAUCAUCAUUCGUACCGUUCCGUACACGGAGAAGGAAAUUAAGGAGAUUCUGAAGAUUCGUUGCGAGGAGGAAGAUUGUCAAAUCAGCAACGACGCGCUGAUGGUGCUAGGGCGUAUUGCAACGGAAACGAGCCUACGGUACGCGAUCCAAUCCAUCACGACGGCAAAUCUGGUGAGCAAACGGCGAAAAGCGGCCGAAAUUACGGUCGAAGACAUUCGGAAGGUGUAUUCGCUGUUUCUGGACGAGAAGCGGUCGAGUAAGAUUUUGAAGGAAUAUCAGGACGAGUAUCUGUUUUACGAUGACAGUGUACCGAAGACGUCUUCGGAUGGUCAGCAGCAGCAGACACAGGCGAUGGAAGUUGAGAGCAACUGAGAUGAUUGUACGAGGAAGGAGUUUUCCGUAUUCCAAUUGAAUAAUCAUCUAAAAAGGCGAAACAACCGUCUAUUUUUGUGGUGUUUGUUUGAAACUUGAAGAAUAAAUUGUAGCUGUACUCAUACUCUAA